GAUGAAUGACCUCCCCGUGCUACCCAUCGUCGAGUGGGACGGAAACCCAUCGACCAGCAAGACGAUGGCCUGGAAGAUGGAGAGCUGUUGCGCCCACUCGUCGUAGCCAUGGGCACACCGACCACCAGGGAGUUGGUGAGCAUGGACAGCGAGAAGCCGACGACAUAUUCGACCCAGCUGCUGGCAGCCGUAGGCGAUCACACCGACGAUGAUGGCCAUGUUUGGUGAAAUAAGCUUGCAUGACGGAGAUGUGUGGAGAAGAAAGGAGACAGGGGCACGAUAGGAAGAACACAUCCACAAACGACGAUUAGAAAAAGUGAUGUCAAAUCUUCAAACCGUGUGUGAUUGUAAUGCCAAUAUGGCAAUUGAAACUCGACGAAGGUGAUGCCAAAUAUGAAAAAAAAAAUCUCCUCGAAAAAUGACUCCCUAGCAUUUUGGGCUGGCUGGCUCCCCCUCCCUCCCUGGGAUUUCUCCUUGCGUGCCUCCCUCGCUAGGGUUUAGGGUUCUACAGCCAGAUAGCCACCAUGCAUCACCACUUCCUCUCGCGCCUCCUCACCCACCGUCUCCUCCUCCCCGCCGCCACCUCUCCCUACGCCGCGACGCUCUCCACGCCCCCCAGGCGCGCUUACGCCCGCCGCGCCAAGCCGCCACCAGCGGGGGACUCCGGAGACCACGCUGCCGCCUCCUCCCCUGUAGCACCGCCGCCGCCGCCGGACUCGGAGGCGAAGGCUGCGUUUCAGAGAGAGAAGCUGUCGGGCGAGCUGCCGCGGCCGCCCACUGUCCCGUUCCAGCCGCGUGUCGCUAACGCCGUGCACCUCGUCGGCACCAUCUGCGCGCCCGUGCACAUGCAGAGGCUGCCCGACGGCAGAUUCUCCGCGGUCUCCGUGCUCGUGCACGACCGUGGCAUCAACUCACCCAAGUUCUGGGUUCCCAUAGUUUUCAAAGAUAACUGGGCACAAAUAGCUGCUUCCCACUUGAAAGAAAAUGAUCUUGUUUAUGUGUCUGGGAAAUUAACAUGUGAUGGUCCACCAUUCAAGCUUGCUGAUGGCGAAGCAAACAUUCAGGUGUUAGCAAAUUCGCUAAAAUUUGUCGAUAGUAAAGCUGUUGAAAUGGAUGCCAUACUGGAUGAAGAUGAAGGAUUUUUGGAGAUUGUUGAGGCUGAAAAGAAAGUUGAAGCAAAAAAAACGACCUCUACAUUUCCGCCUGGCACAGUUUCAGGUUAUAAAAACAAGGCGGAUAAGUUAAAUAAACUCUGGAAUGAUGUUAUAUCUCGACCUCAAGAUUGGAUUGAUAACCGGCCUCUGAAAAAAACUGGUUCAAGGAGCCCAAAGUAUCCUGAUUUUAAGAACAAGGUUUCAGAUGAGGUACUCUGGCUUGACAGUGCACCAACAUCAGUUCUUGAGAAGCUGGAUGAUUUGGUGUUCGGUAGUGGUUACACCACUGAAAGAAAAGAUAAACCUUUCGGAACGAGUACAAACUGGAGGAAUAUGAAGAGCCCAGAUGCAUCUGCUGUGUCAAAGCAAAGACUUGAAGGUGGUACAAAGACUGUAUGGAGGAAUAUGAAGAGCCCAGAUGCAUCUGCUGUGUCAAAGCAAAGACUUGAAGAGGACUUGUGGCGAGAUCUUGUGAACAAUCCAGCAAACUGGUGGGACAACCGAUCAGACAAGCCGACACUAAAGCAUCCUGAUUUCAAGAACAAGGAUUCAGGGCAAGCUCUAUGGAUAGGAACCAAAUCACCUCGAUGGGCGGUAGAUGCACUGCCGUCCUUGAACUUUAAGGGAGGUAGCAAGGGUACAAGGAAAGAAACCUUGCUGUCAUGAUCGAUAUGAUAUGAGCUUGGCGGCCAUGGUAAACCUGCCCGAGCUCUCUGCCCCUCUUGCUAAAUUGAUAUUGGGUCUGUCUCUCGUGCGGCUGGCUCCUGAUUCAGACAACAAAAUUCAGGUUGGGGCAUUUUUGACUGGUAAGGAACUAAGGAUGCAGGAUGUAAAUAGUUUCCAAAUUGAUGCUUAUCACAUCCUGUAGGCUUUUAAUGAUUCCCCACAUUUUCUCUGUUGUACUACUGAUGGAUGGGUUGCUCGCUGUUUUUUUGGGGCCUGGUAGGACCUUUAUGGAAGAUGCAUUGGUAGACUAUGAUUGGCCCCCACAGGCCCAUGAAAAGCCCAUAUGAAUGGAAAAUGGUCCUUUAUUAUUUU